CUCCGCGAUACUUCACAGUUGCCCAACCAUUUUUCUUCCCCGCCGUCGUACAGCACGGACCGGAAGUUCUCCUUGUCUCCUGUGUUGUCUCGCUUCAAAGCUGGAAAACUAAACAAGCAGCCAGUCACUCAAGAUGUUCUCGGGCUACCAGGAGCGGGAAGAGUACGAAGACGAGCUGUAUGCCGAGGAAGAACACGCGAACGACUCCGAGCCUGACAGUGACGUCGAGUUCCGGCUCUAUUCCCAGCUCCACUAUUGUACAGAUGACUUGGAGAACCGUCCGGAGAACUGCGAGGAGAACCAAGAGAGCUCCGGUCAUGAAACACCUCAGGAACCUGAACCUGGCCGGAGAGUCCAACCUCCUGCUGCUCCUCCAGAUGAAGUCAUCCUGAUCGACUCAGACCCGGACAUCAUCACGCUUUCAGAUAACACAGAGGAGGACGACAGCGUGUGCGCCAGGAAAGGUCAGAGGUCAAAAGGGAAGGGAGUGGUUCCUAUUUCACACCCUCAGCAUCAACAUCAAAGUGAAGCCGUCCACGAUGGAGUGGUAGUCCUGGAUUCAGAGUCGGACCAGAGUUCAGAUUCUGAAUCGAUUCUGCCGUACGUGGUGGAUCCGGACUUAGACUCGGACUCGGAUGGAUUGGAGAGCUGGAUGAUCCUGGGUCGGGAAAAGGAGGAAGGAGAUCAGGACAUACAGCUUAACGUCUUUGCGGUCCGCAACAGGGAACAUUCAGAGUUUCACAAUGUCAGAGGUGAUGAGAAGAACUGGGCCGUCUCAGACAAAGAUAAGGAGGCUCAGAUCUACAACAAAGGCGUUGGCUCGAGGCGUGUCUCUAAUCGCUACUACACCGAGAAGACGGUCACCUGCCAUAACUGCAACAAGCUCGGCCACCUCUCCAAAAGUUGCCCCACUCCCAAGAAGGCACCGUGUUGUUUGCUGUGUGGUUUUCAGGGCCAUUUUGUGAAGACCUGCCCGAACCGUCACUGCUCGAACUGCGCUCUUCCAGGUCACAUGUAUGAUGACUGUCUGGAGAGAGCGUACUGGCACAAACGCUGCCAUCGCUGUGCCAUGACGGGUCACUUUGCCGACGCCUGUCCAGACGUCUGGAGGCAGUACCACCUCACGACGACGCCGGGUCCCCCGGUUAAAUCCCUUCAUCCUGAGGCUCACAGAUCUCCUGGGUACUGCUACAACUGCUCCAGGAUGGGACACUUCGGCCAUGAGUGCAAAGAGAGAAGGAUGUUCAACGGAACGUAUCCCUCGCUGCCGUUCGCCUCUUCGUACGACACGGUGCAUGACAUCAAACGGCGAGAGCAUCGGGCUCACCUCCAAGCCAAAGAGCUCCGAGAGGCCGGUCUCCUAGACGAAGCAGAAGCCGCUCCGACUCCGCAGCCUCCGUGGAAGAAAGCGAAGAACACACAUUUCCAUCAAGUCCCUCACACACACAGCAGCGCUCACACCCCAAAGAGACGCAUCGCCCACACGCCCAAACACCCCCCUCGGACCACGCCCAAACCCAACACACACCUGCGCUGGAACGAAGACACACCUGUCCCGAAGAACAAGAAGAAGAAGAACACGAUGAUGAACACACCCGGACCUAUCAGCGCGUCCACGCCUCGUUUCGAGAGCAAGAAGAAGAAAAAAAACAAGAAACAGAAACUGAAUAUCAUGAACGAGGAACAGGACUUUCCACGAAGCUUCCAUAAAAGUCCCUAUAACAAAGGAGAGCGCUUUCACACUCCGCCGUAUAGAGGGAGGAAAAGCUCCGGAGUGCUGUUCGGCUCGGAAAAGAGCAAGAAGAAGAAAAAGAAGGAGGAGAAAAGAGCAAGAAAAGCGGCCAGGGACACUGAGAACCUAUUUCUGAUCAAACAAAGGAAACGUAGUAGAUAGUGUGUGUGUGUGUGAGAGAGAGAGAGAGAGAGAGAGAGUGAGAAAGGAAAGUUUGUGUGUGUGUUUGAGUGACCGAAAGAGAGAGCGAUGAGGAAUGGUGAAGGACUAGUAAAAAAAAAGGUAUACUGGUGCGUGUGUCUCCCUCUAGUGUCCAUCACCGGCAUUACACACCAAGCGACCAUCAUUUAAACAGUCAGAAAGAAAAAUCAGCUUCCCUGCGAUGGUUUUCUUUUGACUUAGAAGAAUCUACAGUACCACAAAACUUGUCUAGAACUUUAUACGUUGCCUUUUAACACCUCAGCAGCUACGGAAGCUUGUGCUGCUCUCAAGAACCAUCAGAUCCGAACGUAGAUGCUGUAAACGCUGCUGAAUCCGAACACACCGCCAUUUUAACAUUCGACAUCGAAGGACGUUUCGUGUUUGGGGGGGGGGAUGAAGACAAACCUCUUGCUUGUACAUAAGUUUGUAGAAUUUUUCUAUUUAAUAUCGUUUACAUGGCUGUGGCUCUGCGACGGCGGUAAAUAAAAGCAGGAGUUUGGUUU